AUGGCUGCUGGUGGUGACAGCACAGAGAAAGUUUUCUAUACUUGUAUAUAUUGCAACAUGCUCAGGACGUCGCUUCUCCUCACACUUUAUGGUUUCUUAUUAGCCUCGGCUGUGUCAGCGGCCUUAAAAAACGGCCGGACGAAAUUUAAAAUAGCAACUACCAGCAGCACAACAGAGCCAUCAGCUUCAUUAGAUAAUGAUGAACCCGAAAUUGAUGGUAAUAAAACCGAGGUGGUGGAUGGAAACUCUACAGCCACUCACAAUUUAACAGGAAUUCCGCAAAUUGAUUACAUAUGGGAUCCAAAUCUACCGCGGGAAUUGAACGGAUACAAUUUAAGUGAUUAUCCUUUUUACGAAACCAUUCCCAAGGACAUAGACUUCAAGUGCGAUGGCCUCCACGACGGAUUUUACGCCAGUGUACCUCACAAAUGCCAGAAAUAUUGGCACCGGAACGACGCGCUUUAUCAAGCGGCGAGUACCACGACAAUCGCGCCUCCAACAACUACCACAACAACAACGACAACAACAACAACAACAACAACAACCACAACAAAAGCUCCAGAAUUUGCAGAAAAUCCGCGACCGUCUGGCAGAAGACGAAGACCUUUCAGAAGACGUCCCGCGUAUGAUUAUUACGACCAAGAUUACUACGAGGACGAUUACGAGCGACCUCGAACCCGCGGGUCUGGUUACGAUCGCCGCGAUGACUAUGAUUACGACGAUCGCCAGCAGUACAACGCCCGCAACAGAGACCGUGAUCGAGACCACUUUCGCGAUCAUCCGAGAGAUCGUGAUAGGGAUUAUCGCGAUCGCGAUCAGGUUUCGCGGCCACGCGAGUACACUUCUGAGAGACCGGUUGCCAGAGAUGAGGAGGAUGCUGGCAGGCGUGACCGAUUUCCCGCGAGGAACAACCGAAGAGAUCCACCCAGAGUUGAUGAUACUCAGCGAUACGAUCGAGGCAGAUUCGCUAAAGAAGAAUACGACGAUGAAUCAACCAGCGAAGCUAUGGUUAAACCCUUAGCUCCUAGCACGUCAGUUUACGCGCGACCAAGAGCGCCCCCAAAAAUCCGACGACCGGUUCCGCUGUCUGAGCAAGAUCGAUUCGCUUACAAAGCGUCGUCUGUGCAACCGAUUGUCGGAGAACACAAACGUACAACAACAUCAACAACAACCGAGUUACCAGUCGCUCACAGAUACUACGACCGAAAUCGUGACCGAGCCCUGGACCGAGAAAAAGACCCAAUAACUAGUCCCGGGGACCGUGAGAGAGAUUACAAACCGUUGCGACGUCCCGGAUUGAGAGACAAAGAGCCCGAUCGACUUCCUGAAGAGAUCCAGUCCAAGCCUAUAAAUCCUCUUUCACAAGAUAAUGAGGACACGUCUAAAGAUCGUGACUCAAUUGAGGAUGCAAAGGUGCCAACCGAGCCGUCUAAGCCUCUAGAACCGGAUUAUCCUUCAGAAGACGAGUAUUACGACGAAGAAGAGCCUCUUUCUUCGACUUUGUCCUCCUCUGCGCCAAUUUCGAGCACCCUGGCGCCCAAAAUGACAGUGAGGAUUGUCAAGCGGCCCUUUCUUCCCUCUAGAGGCGGAAAUCCGAACCCUCGCGGCCUCUCUGCUGUCGGUGUGAAAGCUCCCGACUCUGGGAUCUCGAUAAAAUCUCUCUCUCACUCUCAAAAGCGACCUGUCAAUUUAUCCGAGCAAGAUAAAUUGUACGACGCUUACAAAAUCAUCGAUGUCGAUCAGAAAAAAAAGAUCGAGGAGAAUUACGACGAUUGGAAAGUCGAAGAAAAGAUAGAGGACAAAGAACCUCGCGCUCCGUUGGCCAAUCGAGGAAAUUAUCGUUUUAAUAAUAAUAAUAAUAAUAAUAAUAAUACUAAUUACGGUAAAGAUGUGACCGGACCGAGCAGUUUAGCCAAGCAGAGGCUCAAUGAAGUUCCUCAUAAUUUGCAAGAAAUUCCCGAGAGCGAGUACGACGAGGCGCUAAAUGAAGCUCUCACUCCGGCGUUUAAUCAAGACCCUCUGCCCAGCGGAUUCGUACUUCCUUUAAUACAGAGACAAAUCAAUCGAGAACCGGCUCUGCAACCUUCCGAAAAUAAUUAUCGCGUAAGACCUUUUAAAGCCGAACAGAACCACCAAUUAAACUCGCCACAAAAAAGUUUUCCUCCAACUCCCGGAUUUUUUCCUCUAACGCGAAUCAAUGACGAAAGACCUACUGCUUCUUCCCAGUUAUUCAAGACUCCUGAAGUCGUUCACGUUGGGACGUACAAUAGACAAGCGGAGAGAAAUCCUUGGCAUGAUUACACU